CUCUUUGGUACUAAGUUUCACAUAGUUACUGAUCAUCAAGCUUUGAAAUUCAUUUACAAUCCAGAAAAAUCUUUGAAUAAAUCAUCUGCUGCUAUGGUUCAAAGAUGGAGUUUAGAACUAAGUGCAUAUGAUUACACUAUUGAACAUAGAUCGGCAAAGGAUAUACCUCAUGCAGACUUCUUAUCUCGUUAUUCAUUAUUUGAAAAUAUUGCUAAUGAUACUGAUUGCUUAUUAGUCCAGCCGUUACCGGUGGAUCGAGUUCGACUUAUAAAUGAUACUCGGAAAUAUUACGGAUGCGUUAUAAAUGCAACAAAAAGAGGUUGGAAUGUUCAGUGUAAGCGAAGAUUUCCAGACUUUUAUAAGCGAAGAGAUGAGAUUUCAGUUCAUCCUGAAGGAUUUCUAUGUCUGAAUGACAGAAUUAUUAUUCCUCCAACAUUAAGAUCUGCGAUUUUGGAUGAUCUACAUUCUGCUCAUCUAGGGGCUGAUAAGAUGAAAUCAUUAGCACGCCUAACAUGCUGGUGGCCGGAAAUUGAUUCUGACAUUAACAAAAGAUCAAAGAGCUGUUCUAGCUGUUUACAUAAAAUGUCCUAUGGGAAGUCAUCGUGGACACCGUGGCCUGCAUCUUGUGAGGUUUGGCAGCGUAUUCAUGCAGAUUACUGUGGUCCAUUCUUAAAUUCAUAUUAUGCUUUAGUUAUUGUGGAUUCUUAUUCUAGAUGGCCAGAAGUCAUCAUUACAGAUAGUCCUAAUGCCAAAUUCACUCACAGAGCGUUGAGAAAGAUUUUUAGUCGAGAAGGAAUUCCAGAUGUCUUAGUUACUGAUAAUGGUACUCAUUUUACGGAGAAGAACUUCAAUGAUUGGCUCAAACAUAUAGGUUGUCGUCAUUUGUACACAGCACCACGUCAUCCUCAGUCAAACGGGUUGGCAGAAAAUUUCGUACGAACAUUAAAGAGUGCUAUAGCAUCAAUGAGUCCUCAAAAUCUUGAUGAGCUAGAGAGAUGUGUGGAUAACUUCUUACUUCAAUAUCGCAAUGCGGAGCAUACAAGUACUCAUGAAAGUCUUGCAAAACUAUUCAAAUCUCGAAUUCUCAGGAAGCAUUUGAUGUCCACGACUUCUGAUGUACAUUAUUAUAGAGGGAAUGAUUUUAGACCUUCUAUUGGUAUCAUACUACAAAGAAUGGGAAAUCGAAUGGUGAAGAUAUUAGACAUCGAAGAUAAUUCAGUUCAUAACAGACACUUGGAUAAAGUGAGAAUAAAUGAGGUAGGUCGUUCCGAUUAUGAUUAUAAUGACUCCGCUACUAAUCCUGACUUUGUAGAUAAUUCAGAAAAAAGUCUAGAUGAUACUGAUGGAAAUGAUAUCACAGAAUCAGUCAGAAGAUCGCAGAGACUGGCAAGCAAACCGCGAUAUCAUUAUAAAUACGCAAGGAGACAUUCAACGUGUGGCGGAUGUGGUGAUUGACUAUUUCUAUCUUUGUAUUG